CAACACUAGUGCAUCAUCUGAAAAUAGCUAAAUUAUUUUUAAGAUUAAUAGUUAUUUACUCGCUGUUCAGCUUUAUUUGGCUUCAUGAGUUUUAAUCAUGCUUUUAUAUAAAUUUAAUAAUGUAUUAAAGGGAUAAAACGAAUUAUUAUAACAUUAUUGUUCCCUUUAUAACUGCCGCAUUUCGCAAAACUGAAGAAAGUGUAUAGGACAUUUCAAAUUGUUACUCUAGAGUUCUACCCCGUCUUCCCCCACCCUUUUCGAUCUGUCAAAGCCGCUGGGCGCUGAGUGAAAAUUAUUUUGUGAAACCCUUUUUCAGAAAGGAAUCAAAAAGUGCAUUGUUUUGUAAUAUUUUCCCAAGUGAACAGUGUAUCUGACCAGCGCAAAAUGACUCCGGAUCUGAAUCUCGACUAUGAGAAUGCCACCCAGCAGCAUUAUUCGGCCAACAACCCAAUCGAGCAGUACGUUCUUUUGUCCAAGAGUGCAAAAGGAGCCGCCUGUCUGGAACUGAUCAAGCAGGUACUCGAGGCGCCGGGAGUUUACGUCUUCGGGGAACUGCUGGCCAUGCCCAACAUUGCUGAGCUUCAAACCGGUCCAAACGCCAGCUACUACAAUACGCUGAAUCUAUUUGCCUACGGAACCUACCGGCAGUAUCUCGAGAACCAGGCGCAACUCAUUGAACUUACUCCGGUAAUGCGGAAGAAGCUCCAACAUCUGACCAUAGUUUCGCUGGCCAUCAAGACAAAGUGUAUUCCCUACAAAGAGCUGCUGGAGGAACUGGACAUCAAACAUGUCCGCGAUCUGGAAGACAUGAUUAUUGAGGCCAUCUACGGGGACAUCAUCCAUGGGAAAUUGGAUCAGAAAAAGCAACAGCUGGAAGUGGACUAUGCCAUCGGGCGGGACAUCCGGACGGGUAAUGUAAGCGAGUUGGCAAGCUUCCUGGAAGAAUGGUGCGAUUCGUGCGAGACAAUCCUGGCCUGUCUGGAGAAUCAGAUCCAUCGGGCCAACUCGGAGAAGCAGAAGCGACUUAAGCACAAAGAAGCCAUCGAUACGGAGAUUACGAAUUUGAAGAAGCUGAUCAAGGUGCAGGCGGGUAACGAUUCGGACGAAGCCAUGGCCACUGAUUCGGGCCGUGAACUGUCGGUCGGACACCAGGACCCUCGUAAGAAGUCUACGAAAUCGAAAAGCCUAAAAGUGAGCGGUGCAGCCAAAAUGCUCUCGAGACAGAUGCCCUAGAGAAGAGAUUGAUAUACCAUUUCUAUGUUAACUUCCCUUCGGACUUAUAGUCCGACCGAAAUUUUCUUUCAUUCUAAUUCUCAAUUCAGUUUGUUUAGUUCCAAAUCGAAUUACUGUGAAUAAAAUGUAUUGAUUAACACCGUUUUGUUUACCCUGA